CAGCAGCCGAUGAUGAUGAGACGCCGGUUGGUGGAAGAGAGACUACAUCUCCCAUGAGCCUGUGAGCGCUUUUCAACCUGAGCUUCCGGUUCGGUGUGCCACGACCAGGUAGGACUUCCUGUGAUGUCAGAGGGAGAAGCAGGGACCGAGAGAGACAGUAAGGAGGAUUGGUGAACGCGCCGUUGACUGAGGAGCAAGAGGAGAACAGAGAGCUGGAGAAUAGGCGGCUGAGCCGAGACCUCCAGCCAGCAGAUUUCUAGAUGACAUGUACCUCCAGUUAGUCUGUUUUCUCUCUCUGACUUAAAGAUAGUUUUUAUGCAACACAAAUUUAGCGUGACCCUAUUGGAGCAGGACCCUGCAGUGCCUCUUCCCCCCUGGUGCCCCUGUGAUGGAAGACAGGAGCGCAGAGGAGGGGGAACCUUCCACCAUGCCUCCAACUCCCCCAACCAAGAGGAAGAGCAAGUUCUCUGGGAUAGGCAAGUUCUUCAAACCUUGGAAAUGGAGGAAGAGAAAGAGCAGUGAUACCUUUCGUGAGACUUCAGAAGUAUUGGAAAGAAAGAUCUCUGUGAGAAAGCCCAGGGAAGAGCUUAUUAAGAGAGGAGUCCUAGUGGAGCUACCAGAGGAAGAUACUCCUGUAUUACCGGAGUCCCCUCUUCUAAGAAAUGGGCACAUGAGCCAAAGGACUACAGAGCCACAAGAAGAUGACAAGAGUAUAAAAAGGAACAGUCGAAAAGAUUUUGCACAAACCCAUCCUAGUUCUCAUGUUGAACCUGCACAGGAAGUCUUACAUGAACCCUCAAAACCACCCCUCUUGCCUCCAAAAAGACCAGUCUCUGUCUCCGUAUCCGCUUCCCAGGAUCACAGUGAGAGCCACAGACCAGAACAUCCCCCCUCUGUGACACGGUUGCCGAACACAGCUCCUUUACCUGCACCUAGGACCUUUCAACAAACCCCUUCAGCACCAAAACAACCACCUGUACCACCUCCUAAGCCUCUACAACGAAACAGCAAUCCAUUAAUGGCGGAACUUUGCCAGGCUCUGGGAGGGACCACACUGACACCUGUUGGUUCUCGCCCAUCCCCUCCACUUCCUUCCAAACGUGGAGUUCCCCUCCCCACAGACGUCAUGAGCAACAGAGAGAAGAUCUCUCGUCCUGUGUCACUCCCUCCUCAUAUUGCAAGUGAAGCCUCUGCACGUUCUCCAACACCUCCCAUUGUUCUGCCUCAAGCCCCCUCCUUGCCCGCCAUUUUUCCUGAAGAACACCCACCACUGGAAGUCCCCCUCCCUAGCACAGAAGAGGAAAAAGAUUUACCACCAAAUGUGCCUAUACUGCCUCUUCAUAUUCGCAUUCAGCAGGCUCUUAGUAGCCCCCAGCCACUGUCCACCUUGGAUAAUUCCCAGAGGGCACACUCCCUGCUAUUUGUUCCUAAUGAAUUGGGGUCGAGUGAGGAGAGGAAGAGAGUAAGAUCCUUGCCUGUUACUAUAGAGCUCCUCAAAGUGCCUGAUGAUGAUGAUGAUGAUGAAGAAGAAGUGAGCCUGGAAGAGGAAGACUCGUCUCCAGAAGUCACCGGUUCGCAUGCCUCACGGGUAUACAUUGGUGAUGUGCCUUCCGUUACUGUAAUACCGAGCUACAUUCCUCCAUGCCUGGAGGAGGAGGAGGAGGAGGAGGAAGAUGAAGGUAUCAGUGAUAGCGACUCAGAGGGACCCAUACUCUACAAAGAGGAAGAGGAGGAAGAUGAAGAAGAAACAAGCUCCCUGGCAAAUAAGGUGAAAAGAAAAGAUACUCUGGCCAUGAAGCUUAGUGGGAAAAUGGGUUCUCAAGAACAAGACACUGAGAUACCUCAUCGCAGCCGGGAAGAGUGGAAUCAAAUCCGGCAACAGAUUGGCUCACAGCUGAACCGAAGAUUGAGCCAGAGACCCACUGCUGAGGAGCUGGAGCAGAGGAACAUCUUACAACAAAAGAAUGAAGCUGACCGGCUAGCAGAGAAACGUGAGAUCAAGAGACGAUUGACACGCAAGCUCAGUCAGAGACCUACAGUGGCGGAGUUGUUGGAGAGAAAAAUACUUCGAUUUAAUGAGUAUGUUGAGGUGACAGAUGCUCAUGAUUAUGACAGAAGAGCUGAUAAACCCUGGACCAAGCUCACCCCGGCUGACAAGGCGGCAAUCCGCAAGGAACUUAAUGACUUUAAGAGCUCAGAGAUGGCUGUACAUGAGGAGAGCAAACACUACACGAGGUUCCAUCGACCUUAAUGAGUACUUAGAGAAUUGCUAGUGGCAAGAAGCACUUACCUGUAUACACAUAUUGUGCCAAUCGCAGCCUUCCCUCCCAAUGAUUUUACCUCUGACUUAUGACUGGAACGGUUGUGAUGGCAUUGGAGGAUCAUACCACUGUGCUUGUGAUUCCUAUUUUCAAUACAACUGCUCUUCCUUUUUGCAUCAUGGAAGCAAGCAAGCUCUUCACUUCAUUUAGUGCUGACCCCCCCCCCCCCCCAAAUAACCUCCUUCAGCUCGUAUUAUUAUUGCCACCAAGGACAUAACCCUUAGUGGUCAUAUGAACUCAAGGUGCCUUAAUGCAGCUGUCCAUGAGUCUAGGGCUGGCCCUGUCCUCUAUCUUUUUUUUUUUUUUUUAUAUAUAUAUUUUUCUCCUGUUGUACUGUAUUUUGAAUCGUUUGAACCCUUGCAAUGGCUUCUCUUCCACUGAAGAGUUUUCAUGAUCUGUGUGUGCCGGUCUUAAAGUGGAAUCUCAGUAUCGCUCAGGGAUGAUUAGUGGUAUAUAGUGUGUGUGUUUUAUCUAUUGUUCAGAGAGAGCAUUGUAUGGUUACUAACCUAACUGCUGUCUGUCUCAACCAUUUGUUUCAUGUAUAGGUGUGUAGGAGACCACUGUUCUCUAAACUUGUACGUGACUAAUGAGCCAGUAUUUCCCAUACUCACUGUAACAGAGCUUUGUUUUGUUUUUAUUGUUCUCACAAGACAAUGAUAACCUUUUUAUUACACGGUCCUUCUGCUUGCAAACAUUUUUAAAUUGCAUGAAUGACAUGGUUAGAGACCAUUGAAUGAGUGAAGUUGAAAGAUGGAUGGAGCUUCUGAAGAUGCUCACACAAGGGUUAAUAUGAAAAAAAAACACUAUGCCUUAAUGUAAUCUAUUAAUGUGCUUUGGUAACAUGUUGUCAGAGGGAUACGUUAUGUAUAUAUAUGUACUAUAAUGUCUCUUUGUAAAGAGAACUCACAACUGGAACCUUUUUUUUUUUUUUCUGAAUGUGUAUGUAUGUAUAUAUGUAUCACUUGUAUUGGAUAUGCGUCUGUAUAUCCGUUUGUCGCAAUCUCAAUUUUAAUGAUGAAAAUUAAAA